AUGGGAGAAGAAUUGGAAAGUAUAGCAUUAGCUCCAUUGGAAGACGAGUUUCCAGUGAGCGUACAAGAACUCGGUAAAUUGGUCGAUGUUCCCAAGGGAUUCGAUCAAUAUUCCGAAUUGGGCGGACUCGAAGGUUUGGCCAAAUCACUUAGAAGUGACAUAAAAGGUGGUCUACCCAAUGAAAAUAAUUCUACAGAAGUUGCUAGAGUUCAAAAAUAUGCAAAGAAUAUAUUACCACCACCACCACAUCAAUCAAUUUGGAGUAUGAUUUUAGAUGCAUUAUCAGAUCACAUUUUAAUUCUUUUGAUUGUUGCAGCUGUUGUAUCGACAGUGUUGGGAGCCAUCCCAGCAACUUCACAUGAUCCAAAGACUGGAUGGAUCGAUGGUGUCGCCAUUUUGGUGGCCGUUAUCAUUGUGGUCGCCGUGACAUCUAGUAACGACUAUCGUAAUCAAGCACGUUUCCGUGACUUGAACGAAAAGACUUCGGACAAGCAAGUCAAGGCCAUCAGAUCGGGCGAACAAUGCCAAAUCUCUAUUUUCGACGUUCGUGUCGGUGACAUUGUCUGUCUCGACACUGGUGACAUUAUCUGUGCCGAUGGUGUGUUUGUCGACGGUCACGCCCUUCGUUGCGACGAGUCCUCCAUCACUGGUGAGUCUGACCCCAUCAAAAAGGGUCAUACCAAGGAUGGCAUGGACCCAUUCUUUAUCUCUGGUUCGCUGGUAUUGGAAGGUUUUGGAAAGAUGAUGGUCACUGCCGUCGGUGUCAAUUCGUUCAACGGUAAGACCAUGAUGGGUUUGCGUGUUGAAUCCGAGGACACUCCACUCCAAAAGAAGUUGUCAAAGUUGGCCGAAAACAUUGGAAAGUGUGGUCUGUCGGCUGCCGUCCUCUUACUCCUCAUCGUCAUCCCCAAAUACUUUAUCGAAAAGAAGGUCAACAAGGAAGACAUUGGCAGCAAUGCCGCAUCGGAUGUCACCCAGAUGGUCAUUGGUGCCAUCACCAUCGUCGUCGUUGCCGUGCCCGAAGGUCUCCCCCUUGCCGUCACCAUGGCCCUUGCCUACGGUAUGCUCAAGAUGUACAAGGAGAACAAUUUGGUGCGUCAUUUGGCAAGUUGCGAGACCAUGGGUUCCGCCACCAACAUUUGCUCGGACAAGACCGGUACACUGACCCAAAACGUCAUGACUGUCGUCACGGGCCACGUCGCCAGCCUCUUUGCCGAGGUCAACGAGGCCCUCAAGGCCACCAUGCCCGCCAACGUCAUCCCCAUCCUCGCCGACGGUAUUGCCAUCAACUCGAAUGCCUACGAAGGUCUGUCCACCAAGGGCAAGAUGGAGUUUAUUGGCAGCAAGACCGAGUGUGCAUUGCUCAACUUUGGCAAGGUCCUCGGAUCCGACUACCAAGAGGUGCGUAAGCGUUUGAAUAUCCGUCAACUCUACCCCUUCUCGUCGGCCCGUAAGCGUAUGUCUGUCUUGGUCGACCAAGAUGCCAACACCUACCGUCUCUACAGCAAGGGUGCCUCUGAAAUCAUCCUCGGUCAAUGCGACCGUUACUUUGACUCGAAUGGCCAAGUCCAACCACUCAACGACGAGGCUCGCGUCCACUUUGAAGACUGUAUCACCAAGUUUGCCACCGACGCCUUGCGUACCAUCGGUCUCGCCUACCGCGACUUUGAAGCAACCACCACCCUCGACUUUAACGAGCCACCUGAAGACCACCUCAUCUUUAUCGGUGUCGUCGGUAUCAAGGAUCCACUCCGUCCCGAAGUACCUGAAGCCGUCAAGCAAUGCCAACGUGCCGGUAUCACUGUCAGAAUGGUCACUGGUGAUAACAUUAUCACUGCCCAAAACAUCGCCCGUAACUGUGGUAUCCUCACCGAGGGAGGUCUCUGCAUGGAAGGUCCCAAGUUUAGAGAGCUCUCGCAAGCCGACAUGGACGCCAUCCUCCCACGUCUCCAAGUACUCGCCCGUUCAUCGCCAACCGACAAACAGUUGCUCGUCGGUCGUCUCAAAGAUCUCGGUGAGGUCGUCGCCGUCACUGGUGAUGGUACCAACGAUGGUCCCGCCCUUAAAUUGGCCAACGUCGGUUUCUCGAUGGGUAUCUCUGGUACUGAAGUCGCUAUUGCCGCCUCUGAUGUCGUCUUGCUCGACGAUAACUUUGCCUCUAUUGUCCGUGCCGUCAUUUGGGGUCGUAACAUUUACGAUGCCAUUUGCAAGUUCCUUCAAUUCCAAUUGACCGUCAAUGUCGUCGCUGUCGUCGUCGCCUUUGUCGGUACCAUUGCCGGUAAUGGUGAGUCCCCUCUUACUGCCGUCCAAUUGCUCUGGGUCAACUUGAUUAUGGAUACUUUGGCCGCACUUGCCCUCGCCACUGAACCACCCACACCCGAGCUCCUUGACCGUCCACCCAAUGGAAAGAACGCCCCACUCAUCACCCGUUCCAUGUGGCGUAACAUUAUCGGUCAAUCAGUCUUCCAAAUCAUCGUCCUCUUUGUGCUCUUGUUCAAGGGUCACGACAUCUACAGUGACAUUCUCGGCGAGACCGUCGUCAAGAAUGGCGUGCAACACUACACCAUCAUUUUCAACACAUUCGUAUUCUGCCAACUCUUUAAUGAAAUCAAUGCCCGUGUCCUCGGUAAUCGCAUGAACCCAUUCAAGGGUAUCACCGACAACCCCAUCUUUAUCAUGGUGCUCAUCGGCACUGUCAUUGUCCAAGUCAUCUUUGUUCAGUUUGGUGACAAGGUCACUUCGACCGUCGGACUCGGCUACGAAUGGAUCGGUUGUAUCAUCAUUGGUUCACUUUCCCUUCCACUUGGUUUCCUCCUCAGAAUGAUCAAUAUCCCCGAACCAGCCCUUGCCAAGGAGAAGCCAAAGAUCUCUGAAACCAUCUACACCCCACCCGUCGACUCGUCGCACCCAGGUUCCAUCGAAAGCACCCCAGUCUUGCCAUCAUCCAACAACAAGGAUUCUGUCUCUUCAUCGCCCAUUGUAAAUAGCCCAGAUACCACCACAGAGUCCAUGCCACUUGUCGUCCCACCACAACCAGCCACUGCCAAGCCAGUUGAAGUCGGUCGUGGAUGGCAACUAGUCAGACAAACCCAACAAAAGAUCCGUGUCGUCAACGCCUUCAAGGCUGCCUCUGGCGACGAUGAAACUGGAUCCGAAAGUUCAAUCGUAGACGUUAUCAGACGUCCAACUAGAAGUUCAGUAUUAAUUCCAACUCAAGUUGGUUCUCUCAACAAUUAA